AAUUGACAAUAUCCACACCACCCAUAUGCCAGCUGGAGCUGGCUUCCUUCAUUAUUUUUACAUUUUACACCUCCACAAUUUCACCCGUCAUCGGUCAACCCCUAAUUGCCACUUCUCAGCCAGCCUGGUUUCCUCCUUCCAUUACUCUUCGCUAACCAAAAUUCUUGCUUGUCUGUGUGGCCCGUGCGCAGAGCCACAGACAAACGCCACCGAAACUGUGAGCGAUAAAAUUUACACAGAGAGGUCUCUCUUUGUGCUCGAGUGCUUUAAUAGCUCCAAAAUCCUUUCACAGAAGAAGAAGAAGAAGCUCGUUUUUUGAGCAUUGCAAUGGCAUUGCCUGUCAUUUCCAGAAUUCAAUGCUCUUCUUCUCACGGAUUUUGACAUUUCUUCCUUUUUUUUUUAGCGCUUAAUAUAAUUAAUCCAAAAUACGCAUUUCAAAGAGGACAAAAAAAGAGCGUAAAUUACCGGUACUUGGUGAAAGGUUUUCGGUUUUUGGUGAAUUUUCCUUUUUUCUCUCUCUGAGCUAAAACAUAGAAAAAUUUGAACUUCAACGUUGAAACGGACUCUUCCUUGUCUGUUUUUCUAUCGGCUUCUGGAAGUUGAAGAUCGCCAGAAGCAAAGCUCUUGAAUGGCCUUGCGGUUUCCCAAUAGAUCCAGUGGAGGAGCAUUUGAUCUUGAUCCGGUUGGAAACCAUAAAAUUUUCGGAUAAAAAAGUGACUGCAGCUUCGAAGCUCAAGCAAAUGUUGAUCCCAUUGGCUUAGAUUAGAAGAGGAUUUUGGGUUGCAUUAAUCGAGCGGUGAGGAUGUCAUCGUGGGAUAAUCUUGGGGAGAUUGCGACUGUGGCCCAGCUCACGGGUCUUGACGCAGUGCGGCUGAUAGGGAUGAUAGCGAAGGCCGCGAAUACAGCGCGAAUGCACAAGAAGAACUGCAGGCAAUUUGCACAGCAUCUCAAAUUGAUUGGGAACUUAUUGGAGCAGCUCAAGAUCUCGGAGCUUAAGAGGUACCCGGAAACACGGGAGCCUUUGGAGCAGCUUGAGGACGCCUUGAGGAGGUCUUACAUUUUGGUCAAUAGUUGUCAGGAUAGGAGCUAUCUCUACUUGCUUGCCAUGGGUUGGAAUAUCGUUUACCAAUUCAGAAAGGCACAGAAUGAGAUCGACCGGUACUUGCGGCUAGUUCCUCUCAUUACUCUCGUCGACAACGCUCGUGUCAGGGAGAGACUGGAAGAUAUUGAGAAGGAUCAACGCGAGUAUACUUUUGAUGAAGAGGAUAGAAAGGUGCAGGAUGUGAUCUUGAAACCAGAACCUUUGAAAGAUCAGACCACAGUGUUGAAAAAAACUCUUUCUUGUUCCUACCCAAACUUGUGUUUUAAUGAAGCUCUUCAAAAGGAAAAUCUGAAACUUCAGCUUGAACUACAACGGUCACAAGCUAAUUUGGAUGUGAGCCAAUGCGAAGUUAUCCAACGUUUGAUUGAUGUCACAGAAGCUGCUGCUAUGAAUUCUCUUCCACCGAAGAGUUCACCCCUAAAAGCAUCCAAGAAACUGGAGCCCAAUUAUUCAGAUUUUAGUGAGAAAAACCCUUCAUUUGAUGAAAGCAAUGCUAAGAAAAGUGGUUCUCGCACAACUUCAAGAAACACAUCCUCAUUUUCAUCAGGAGAUGAUCUUCUCUCACAUAGAGGCUCAUAUCGGCAUGAAGAAUGGCAUAGUGAUUUACUUGGUUGCUGUUCGGAACCUUCUCUGUGUCUGAAGACAUUCUUCUAUCCUUGUGGAACAUUCUCAAAGAUUGCUACUGUGGCAACCAACAGACACAUGUCUUCAGCAGAAGCAUGUAAUGAAUUGAUGGCAUAUUCGUUGAUACUGUCAUGUUGUUGCUAUACUUGCUGCAUCAGAAGAAAGCUUCGCCAAAUGUUGAAUAUCACGGGAGGAUUUGUUGAUGAUUUUCUCUCUCAUUUGAUGUGUUGUUGCUGUGCCCUUGUGCAAGAAUGGCGAGAAGUGGAAAUUCGUGGGGUUUAUGGUCCUGAGAAGACAAAAACAAGCCCACCACCCUCACAGUUCAUGGAAUCCUAAGUGAUGUGACGAACACAUUGUUUUGUUGUUGGUUGAACAUUUAUACAGUUUGAAAGCCGAGUACAGAGGAGAGGUAAUGGCUAACUACCACUGUUGUGUGAAACUUUUAUGGCACUGCUUUUAUCCAUUAAUUACCCUUACACUGACGCUGGUCAGCCAUGUGUAAAGUAGUUUUUUCAUCACCUCCAUAUUCAGCUCAUGAUGUAUUAUAAGCUAAAUUUUAAUUAGUAUAGUGUUGUUUGAUUUAAUCACUUGGUUUUGUAUGAUCACCUGAACUGACUAUUUCCUUCCUGGAAAAAAAGUAGCAUCAUAAUUUGCUGAGUUGCCUAA